AUCACAGCCAUUUCUCCAUUCGCGUCCGUGUGUGGAUGCACGGACGCUGGACGUCGGCCUCAACUUGGAGAUAACACUGCCACGACCUCGAAGUAGUGAUGAAGGAAGCACCCUCCCUCGACGCACAGUUGCGGGCCAUCAUGGGGCCUCAGAUCUCCGAGGAAGCGCUUCUCGAGAAGUUUACGUUUGAACGGGUCAUCGGCAACGGCGCGACCGCUAAAGUAUUUGCCGCGCUGGACCAUUCGUCGGGUGAACGAGUGGCGAUCAAGGUGUUUGACAAAGCGCAGAUGAUCGAAGUGCGACAGUCGAUUCUUGGGGAUUCUGUCGUCGUCAAGGACACGGCGGUUGCCCGCGUCCAGCGCCGCCUCAAGAAGAUCAUCACAGAACUCAGUAUUGCGAAAGCUUUGGACCAUCAGAACAUCAUUCGAUACGUUGGUGCCUACGAGACGUCCCAUCGAAUCUGCAUUGUCCACGAACUGGUCGAAGGGCAUGACCUGCUGGACUACGUGCUGGCAUUUCACAAAAUGGACGAACCCUUGGCUGCCCACUGUUAUGACCAGCUCCUCCACGCCAUCCAAGCAUGCCAUGAAUUGAACAUUUGGCAUCGCGACAUUAAAUUGGAAAACGUUCUCCUCACCCACAAUUUUCAAGUGAAGUUGAUCGACUUCGGUUUGUCUGAACGCACGACGGAGCGGCUGCACACGGUGUGUGGGACCCCACUUUACUGCAGUCCCGAGCUGCUGUUCAUGCCGUCCACCAGUCGCGAUGACGGUGUCGCCGGCGCCCCCGCUGAUAUCUGGAGCACCGGCAUCCUUCUCUUCGCGGUGCUCACCGGUUGUGCACCGUUCGACGAUAGGUCGUUCUCGACUCUUCGGCAAGAAGUAUACCGCAACAAGAUCAACUACCCCACCCACCUGUCAGAGCUUGCGCAAGACCUAUUGGCAUCGAUCUUGGUGUCCGACCCAGACAGUCGUCCGUCCAUUGCGACCCUCCUCGACCACCCUUGGCUCGUCAAGAACGUGGCGCUGUACCGCUCGACGACCAACAAACUCGUGCGGAUGCCGUCGGUGUCGGGGGUGUCGGAGUCGUUCCAUUCCGAGACUGAGGACAGCAGUGAUACCUCCGGGAGCUUCGACGACAACGGGUCAUCCUACCGCGAUUUGUUGUACGACCAGCUCGUCGAGGAAGACGUGCUGCGGUGAAGUGGAUUUCGUCCAUUUUUAACUUAUUUCACAUAUUUGCUGCGUUUUCUCCCCAAAUCGUUGAAAAUUUGGUCAAUUUUCAAACACUGCAACUACCAAUUCGACUGCACUCUUCCUCCUACAUGAUCACGCACUUCUUCUUUCGCUCUUUCUUCGCACGACCUGCUGGCAACGGAGCCAAAGACGGCGCAACCACUUCAGCAGCCGGCGCAUCCUUCCUUGCAGUUGGCGACUCGAUAUUCUCAGGUAUGAUCGUAUCGUCGAGGGUUGCCCUGGCAGCAAUGUCGAUGGCGGGGCUAAGUGAUGUAUGUUCUGUAGUGUCGGUUGUUGCUAGAGUCAAUGUGCUUUGUGGUGUGGACAGUGAAAUUUGUGAUGCCAUCGUCUUGGCGCGCUCGGCGGCUGCAAUAGCCCGUUGUUCGCACUCUUCGCGCCUUCGCGUGGCUUCUUCGCGCUCUGACUGAACUGCACUCAUCUGGCUCUGGAAUUGCUGGUGGCGCAACAACUCUUCCUUCUCAAGCACUGCUUCGAUCCCACGCUUCGAGAUACUGCGCAGGUCCUUGGCAGCGUUCACGGCCUUUUCUCGUAGUGCUGCCGCCCUCUGUGCAGCCUCUGUCGCACGGCGCUCGCUCUCCUCACGCCGUCGUCGGGCUUCUUCCUUGGCUCCUUGAACUGUCUGUAGUUCUGACGCGUAAUGCGCUUCGCGAACUUUCUCUUCACUCUCCAGUAUGGCAGAAAUCCCUAGCUUGGUGGUCUCGCGCAUGUGCUUGGCGGCGUCCAAGGCAGAUUGGCGCAACGAUUGGGCUCGUUCUUUGGCCUCUAGUGCGCGACGCUCGCUCUCUUGCCGUUUCAACGUGGCAGCUUCCUGGCGCUGCUUCAUCGCUCCAAGCUGCAGCUCCAACUCCCGCUGCGAUUCGAGGUCGGAGAGGGCUGCAAGCUUCUCUUGUCGUUCCCGCUCCUUCAUUUCGUAUUCUUGGAUUGCUUUUUGUGCUUGCAGUUUGGCUUGAUACGCUUUAGCUUUGAGAUCCAACACACUCUGUACAGCGAUGGUCUUAGACCGUUUUGCCGCCGUCGUCAACGCAGCAAUGUUCUCGAGUUGCGCUGCUUCGUCCUCCAAGCGCUUCUUCUCGUCGAGUGACAUCUGUGCUUCAAUCCGUUCCCGCUCGGUAAACUCCAAGAGUGACGCCGCGCACACAGCUCGGACAACAGUUUCUUCGUGGGCGAGUUGAGCUUCUCUCGCUUUUUGGCGCUUCAAUUCGAGUGCGGCACGAAAUGCAGCAAGGGAUGCUUCUUCUUCUGCCUUGAGUUCCGCCUCACGCAGGGCUGCCUCCUCCUCAAUUUCGGCCGCCUUCCGCUCGAACUGCGUGGAGUGGGUCGAUCGAGCGACGUAUAUCUUGGCCAAGUUGUUGGUCGUCUGGUGUUCCUCGUUGAAUGCGAUCGUCAUUUCCUUCUUACCGUCUUCUCGAUCGUCGGGCUCAAGCUCCACUGCGAUGCCGUCGGCAAUGUGCGCGUCAACGGACAUCGACAACGUUGCGCGGUCGUGCAGAUGUCGUUGUCCAACGCAUGUCCACGUGGUGUGGAAACGUCAUGUGCCGCGAACAUUCCUUCUACUUUUUCGC